GACCUCAGAGCUCAUACUUGACCAUAGAGAAGUGGACCAAAGCUCCCAACCUGCUACUUCCUCCUGUCUCUUCUAAUGAUGCCACAGUCCCCAGGGAAAGAGGACAUCUCCCACCCUCACCAUGAUUGUCCCCACUUGCUUCUCCAAGGAAAGCCUUUUCCCCCCGCUUUCCUAGAGGCCAAAUUUUUAUUCCUCUGGGACCCAUCGAAUAUAUCUGAUGACUCUAUUUUCCUUCCCAUAUAGAAGCCAGUAUCAAGGCUGACAGGAAGGCAUUGCAAAUAUUUGGUAACUGGCCCCCAACUUUUAUUACUUAAUCACUGUGACCUCAAGCAAGUUACUUAACCUCCCCGGCUUCAAGCUGUCCCACAAAACUCAUUCUGUAGUAGCUACUCCAGGGUCAGAUCUUCCCUCACCUGGAGGAAAGUGCCUAUUUUCUGGACAUAGGGUCCUGUUUGGAGACUGGCCCUUGCCCAGGAGCAGACAUUUCUCUCCUUUGUCUGGCUUCAGCAAGCUCAACCAGAGCCACGGCUGUGAGGAAAGCCAUGGAGACUUCGGGAUCCUCCUCCCAGCCUCAAGACAACAGUCGAGUCCACAGAGAAACAGAAGAUCUAGACUGUGGAGAGACAGAUUUCCACAAGCAAGACAGGAAGGCUGGACUCUUUUCCCAAGAACAGUAUGAGAGAGACAAGUCUUCUUCCUCUUCUUCCUCUUCCUCCUCAUCUUCCUCUUCUUCCUCCUCCUCCUCUUCAGGUCCUGGCCGUGGGGAGCCUGACAUUUUGACGAAUGAGCUUCAACUCUAUGGAGAUGCUCCGGGAGAGGUGGUACCCGCUGGGGAAUCAGGACUCCGAAGGAGAGGCUCUGACCCACCAAAUGGAGAAGUGGAGGCCUCUCAGUUAAGAAGACUGAAUAUAAAGAAAGAUGAUGAGUUUUUCCAUUUCGUCCUCCUGUGCUUUGCCAUCGGGGCCUUGCUGGUGUGUUAUCACUUCUACGCAGACUGGUUCAUGUCCCUUGGGGUUGGCCUGCUCACCUUCGCCUCCCUGGAAACCGUUGGCAUCUACUUCGGACUAGUGUACCGUAUCCACAGCGUCCUGCAAGGCUUCAUCCCCCUCUUCCAGAAGUUCAGGCUGACAGGAUUCAGGAAGACUGACUGAGGCCACUGCCAGGUGGGCAGCAGAGGCAGGCCCCAGUGUGACCACCAAUGUGACCCCUGAGCCCACAAGCACAGAGCAGCAUUCUGAGAGAUGUGCAGGAGGCCAAGCCAGACCAAUAAAGAGAACACCUUUCCUUCCA